CGGAGUUCGGGCGCCCGCAAGUGCUGCCGAUUCCCCUCCGCUUACCCCGACACAUCCACCUUCUGCAGACUCCUUCUGCCCACAUCCUCUUCUUUAGCUCGUACAGCCAACGGAUUCUACUAAAGCCAACGUCGACCCAUCUACAAAAUGGCCAAAACUCCUCACACCUUGGGUCACGUGGCCCUCAACCUUCUCUGCUUCCGGAGUUUUUUUUACUAAUUACGACUUUGGGAAACUGCCCAAAAGCGGGUGGGGACUAGUUAGAACAGACUUUUUACGAAACUUCCGAUCCCAGUAACUGAAAGAAAAGGGAAAAGCCGUAGAAGGAGGGAAACUAGGAGGGUGGAGGGUGGGAGGGUGAGAUAAGAGAUACAAAGGCGGUAUGUUUAGUAUCUCCCAAGUCGUGGAAAGAAGGAAAAGGCGAGUUCCCGCUUGCUUCCAGGAAUUCCAAGACAUUGGGGGAGGGAGGAAAAAAUAAAGCUCUCGCGAAGUCUGAGAGCCUUUACGGGACAGUCGGACUAGAAGUUCCCGCGAUGUUAUGACUAAACGAACGUGAUUUAGCCAGGCAGAAGUAACGGUAGGGAUAAAAGGGUUGGUUGGGGGGGGGGGGGGGGUUGAGGAGGAAGACGCAAGGCCUGCGUACUGACGUAAAGUCGUGUUGAUAUAUUACGGCCGUGGCCAAGCAGUGCACUUCAGAGAGCUUUUAGUUCUCCUCUGAGGGCGGGAGUGUUCUGAAACGGUACACUUGCGGUUGGGAAACUCCCGAGUUUUCCUUCAGGCAUGAGUCAUGUGGCGGUGGAAAAUGCGCUCGGGCUGGACCAGCAGUUUGCUGGUCUAGACCUGAACUCCUCUGAUAAUCAGAGUGGAGGAGGAAGUACAGCGAGCAAAGGACGCUAUAUACCUCCUCACUUAAGGAACAGAGAAGCCUCUAAAGGAUUCUAUGAUAAAGACAGUUCAGGGUGGAGUUGUAGUAAAGAUAAGGACGUCUACAGCAGUUUUGGGUCUCGAGAUUCAAGAGGAAAGCCCAAUUACUUCAGUGAUCGUGGAAGUGGACCAAGGGGAAGGUUUGAUGAUCGUGGACGGAGUGACUAUGAUGGUAUUGGCAGUCGUGGUGACAGGACUAGCUUUGGCAAGUUUGAACGCAGUGGACACAGUCGUUGGUGUGACAAAUCAGAUGACGAUGACUGGUCAAAACCACUUCCACCAAGUGAACGAUUGGAGCAGGAACUCUUCUCUGGAGGAAACACCGGAAUAAACUUUGAGAAAUAUGAUGAUAUACCAGUAGAGGCAACUGGCAAUAACUGUCCUCCACAUAUUGAAAGUUUCAGCGAUGUUGAGAUGGGAGAAAUUAUCAUGGGGAACAUUGAGCUGACUCGUUACACUCGUCCAACUCCAGUGCAGAAACAUGCCAUUCCUAUUAUCAAAGAAAAAAGAGACUUGAUGGCUUGUGCCCAAACAGGGUCUGGAAAAACUGCAGCAUUUCUGUUGCCCAUCUUAAGUCAGAUUUACACAGAUGGUCCAGGCGAGGCUUUGAAGGCUGUGAAGGAAAAUGGAAGAUACGGGCGCCGUAAACAAUAUCCUAUCUCCUUAAUUUUAGCCCCAACAAGAGAAUUGGCUGUACAAAUUUAUGAGGAAGCCAGAAAAUUUUCAUACCGGUCUAGAGUUCGUCCUUGUGUGGUUUAUGGUGGUGCUGAUAUUGGUCAGCAGAUUCGAGACUUAGAGCGUGGUUGUCACUUGUUAGUGGCCACUCCAGGACGUCUAGUGGAUAUGAUGGAAAGAGGAAAGAUUGGAUUAGACUUUUGCAAAUACUUAGUGUUGGAUGAAGCAGAUAGGAUGCUGGAUAUGGGAUUUGAACCUCAGAUACGACGUAUAGUUGAACAAGAUACUAUGCCACCAAAGGGUAUUCGCCACACUAUGAUGUUCAGUGCUACUUUCCCUAAGGAAAUACAGAUGCUUGCUCGUGAUUUCUUGGAUGAAUACAUUUUUCUGGCUGUAGGCAGAGUUGGCUCCACCUCUGAGAACAUCACACAAAAAGUAGUUUGGGUGGAAGAAUCAGACAAACGAUCAUUUCUUCUUGAUCUCUUAAAUGCAACAGGGAAGGAUUCACUGACUUUAGUGUUUGUGGAGACCAAAAAGGGUGCUGAUUCUCUGGAGGACUUCUUAUACCAUGAAGGAUAUGCUUGUACCAGUAUCCAUGGUGACCGAUCACAGAGAGAUAGAGAGGAGGCCCUUCACCAGUUCCGCUCAGGAAAAAGCCCUAUUUUAGUGGCUACAGCUGUGGCAGCAAGAGGACUAGACAUUUCAAAUGUGAAACAUGUUAUCAAUUUUGAUUUGCCAAGUGAUAUUGAGGAAUAUGUACAUCGGAUUGGCCGUACAGGACGUGUGGGAAACCUUGGCCUUGCCACCUCAUUCUUUAAUGAAAGAAACGUAAAUAUCACAAAGGAUUUGUUGGAUCUGCUCGUUGAAGCUAAACAAGAAGUGCCAUCUUGGUUAGAAAAUAUGGCUUAUGAACACCACUAUAAGGGUAGCAGUCGUGGACGCUCUAAGAGUAGAUUCAGUGGAGGAUUUGGUGCCAGAGACUAUCGACAAAGUAGUGGUUCCAGCAGUUCUAGCUUUAGUAGUGGUCGUGCAAGCAGCAGCCGUAGUGGUGGAGGUGGUCACAAUAGCAGCAGAGGAUUUGGUGGAGGUGGCUAUGGAGGCUUCUACAAUAGUGAUGGAUAUGGAGGAAAUUACAACUCCCAGGGGGUUGACUGGUGGGGCAAUUGAAUCUGCUUUGCAACGAAGUCAACCCUUUUCAAACAAGCUAAUAUGGAAACCACAUGUAACUUAGCCAGACUAUAUUUUAUAGCUUCAAGACCUUGCAGUACAUUAUCAGCUGUGAUUCUCCUGAAAAUUUAAGGGAGCUUCAAAGUCACAAGAAGAAAGAAACAAUGAACAGCCUUAUUCAGAAGUUGAAGACAUAAUUGCUGUAGUUUGGAUUAACUCCCCUCCUGCUUAUUAUCACCCCAAACUGCAUUUAUAAUUUUGUGACUGAGGAUCAUUUGUUUGUUAAUGUACUGUGACUUUAACUUUAGACAACUUAUUAUUUUGAUGUCCUGUUGGCUCAGUAAUGCUCAAGAUAUCAAUUGUUUUGAAAAAAUAAAUUUCCUGAACUUGGGCUAAAAUCAAACCUUGGCACACAGGUGUGAUAUAACUUAACAGGAAUCAUCAAUUCAUCUGUAGAUAAUAAUAUGGCGAAAAAACCUUAGGCAGUAGCCUGCAUUAGCACUUCUUGGUACUUGCAGACUGGAAGAACAUCUUAAGGCAGUAUUAGUUUCAAAGGAGGCAGUCUGUACUAAGUUACAGUUCUGACUUGCUCACUCUAUCCUGGAUAGGCACUCAGAAUCUUUUAGUUUUUAAAUAAGCCAUUCUAGUCAAGAUAAGGUGGCAUGUAUGAAUACAUUCACAUUUUUCAAAGCAUCCUUCAAAGUUAAUGCAAAUAAAUACAGCAAUUCCUCUUUUAAUGUUUAAGUUAGUAAUUUUAAGCUAAGCAGAUGUGGGCAUACUAUUACAGGAAGAGUUUUAAAGGUUUGAUAACAAAAGUGUUUGAGGGGGAUUUCAUCUAAUUAGAUUUUUUAAUGCCUGCCAUAAAUAAACUUGAAAUGGUAGGAUAGUUGACCAUAGUAGUGACCAGUCUUUAUGGGCCUGCUUCGGUUUGGGUCUUUAACGCAUGCUAGUGUUGAUGUUUUUUGGUCAAGAGGAUAUGAGCAGGAGGGAUUAUGCAGCAGGCUUUACUUUAAUAUAGAUUCACAUUAACUCUUUAAGCUGCGUUGAAAUGUUAAAAUGGCUUACACUUGUAGACUUUGUAGUUCGGGAUAACAAAAACACUAAAAUCCUUGAGAUCACACAGGUUGGAAAUACAUAGUAAACUGCAUAAGAUGUUAUUUCUAUAUGCUGCAGUCUUAGUCUAUUUUAGUUGCAUAGGUUUCCAUUAUAGUUAUAGUCUAUGAUAAAUUUGGCCAAAGAUGAUUAUCCACCAUUAAAAAUGCCUCUUCUGCUUGAAUUCUGUGGUGAUUUUGUGGCCAGAAUGCAGUAAUCCUCAAAAACUAUCUUUGUGAUGGCAUAAGGAGGCAAAAAUUUUUCUUAAAAAAGUGCAAUAGAUUUUCAAGAAUAUUGUGCCUUGUUCUAAAAACCAUUAAGUAGGUGCACUUGACAGUAUUGAGGUCAUUUGUUAACGGUGCUAUUUCACUUAGUAUGGGUUUAGACUCCUGUACAUUUUGCCCAUGACUUUUUACAAAGUACUUAUUUUAUUGCACAUUCAGAGAAUUUUAUAUAUAUGUGUUGUGUGCGUGUCUUUAAACUUCCAAUCUUAUUUUGUCUCUUGGAGAUUGUUGAACGCAGCUUGUUAAAUAGAUUCUAAAAUUUUAUUUGGGACCACGGAAUGGUAGUUGAAGAAAACUAUUUGCACACGACAGAUUUUAGAUACUUUUUGCUGCUAGUUUGUGUAAUAUUUAUUGAACAUUUUGACAGAUAUUUAUUUUUGUAAGCCUAAAAAGUGAAUUCUUUGAAAGUUUAAAGAAACUUGACCAAAAGACAGUACAAAAACACUGGCACUUGAAUGUUGAAUGUCACCAUAUGUGAAAUAAUAUAUUUCGGGGUAGUGUGAGCUUUAAAUGUUAAGUUCUAUUAAACAAUUGAGUCAAAUUAAGCAGACCCGGCACUGGGGAAACAGCUAGUUGUAACUUUCUGACAAAAGUUAAAGACAAAAUUGGCAACUUGAAAUUAAAACAUGCCAAGGUUUUGAUACACUUGUCUUAAAAUACUAAUGAAACACUUCUGAACACUGAUAAUGAAGUGUCCACAUUCUCAAAGGUUCUGUGAGUUUUAUUUUAGUUAAUGUUUUUGUUUGGCUUGGUUUACAGUGGCUGUCUGGCAUAUUUGCAAUUCUCAAACAUGUGGUUAUCUUUGUGUAUUGUCAUAACUAGUGACUUUUACAUUCAGUUUUAUCAGUAAGUAUGGAUUUAAAGCUGCUGAAUGUAGAUCUUGAACCUCAAGUCACUAAGUUAGUAAUUGCUUAUUGUAUUAGUUUUAGAUGCUGGCACUGCAUGUGCUGUGUUUAUUCUGAUUUUACUAAAAUAAAAAGUUGAACGUAA